ACAUAAUCGGUAAAGGUCAGUAGCACGUUUGAAGUCAACUAUUAAUAAUAUAUUUUGUCUUCUCGGCGAAUAAAUUAAAUUACAAUGGGAAAUAAUAAGUUGUUAACAGUGUGGCUGAUUUUCGCGAUUUCUUGCAGUGGUCAUGGGCAUUCCGCGGAGGAAGAAGAAGAAAGAGAUAGGCGAAUGCAUCCAAUCCCAAAGUUUAGUGAGCUCCAGAAUGAAAAGCUGAACGCGAUUGAAGAUACCAACUUCUGGAUAAGCGAUGCGCAAGAAAAGCUUAAGAAAAAGUUGGAUGUUCCCCGUGUGAAUGGGGUGGCGAAAAAUGUAAUUUUUUAUCUUGGAGAUGGGAUGUCUAUCAGCACGGUCACGGCGGCCAGGAUUUUUAAAGGUCAAGUCCUGGACCAUCUCCAAUUCGGAGAAGAAGCUGAGCUGUACAUGGAAAGCUUGCCGUUUACGGGCUUUUCCAAGACAUUUUGUGCAAAUUCGCAAGUUGCGGAUAGUGCCUGCAGCGCAACGGCUUAUCUUUGCGGGAUAAAAGCUAAUGAUGCAACGAUCGGGGUCACGUCCAAGGUGCUUCGAGGAUCUUGUGCAGGUCAGGCAGACCCCACAAAUCAAGUCUCCUCUGUCUUAUCUUGGGCUCAAGCAGCCGGAAAAUCCACCGGGAUAGUUACCACAACCCGAGUCACGCACGCCUCUCCGGCCGGAACGUACAGCCAUAUCGCCGACCGCGACUGGGAAAACGACGGAAAGGUCAAAGCCGACGGAGAAAAUCCCAAAAUUUGCGAAGACAUUGCAACUCAACUCAUCAAACGAGAACCCGGAAUCAAAAUUAACGUCAUUCUUGGCGGGGGACGGCAACAAUUUACUCCAAAGUCUGAAAAGGACGCUGAGUUUCCGACCUUAUCUGGAUAUCGGGAGGACGGAGUGAAUCUAAUUGAUGAGUGGAUCUCCAUGAAAAACUCAUCGAGAGGAAGAUACGUUUCCGGAAGGGAUCAAUUGUUGACCGUGGAUCCGGCCGAGACUGACUACCUGCUCGGCCUCUUUGACCCCUCACACGUUUCCUACUAUGACCAACAACUCGCCAACAAUGACCCCACUUUGGAGGAGAUGACGGAAGCCGCGAUCAAAAUUUUGGGCAAGAAUCCCAACGGAUUUUUCCUCUUUGUCGAAGGGGGACGAAUAGAUCAUGCGCAUCAUGACAAUUUUGCGCACAGGGCGUUAUGGGAGACGGUUGAGUUUGAUAAAGCGAUUAAAAAAGGGGACGAUCUGACGCAGGAUGACGAUACGUUGAUCGUCGUUACGUCGGAUCAUGCCCACGCCAUGGGUUUUGCUGGAUAUCCUCCGAGAGGAACUGAAAUUCUGGGAUUUCCUCCAUUAUUUCUGACCACCGAUUUACGCCCGUAUAACACCCUUUUUUAUGCAAAUGGUCCCGGACCAAGUAUGUACAAUGACCAAGGGAGGCGAAGGAAUAUUUUGAUGGACCACUUUUACAAUAGGACGUAUCAAGUCCCAUCACCUGUCCCGUUGGAGUCUGAGACUCAUGGGGGUGACGAUGUUCUUAUCUUUGCUAAAGGGCCGUACGCUCAUUUGUAUGUGGGAACACAUCAACAAAGCUAUAUUCCGCAUGUUAUCGGGUUCUCGGCUUGUUUAGGGGAUGGGGCUAAGUCCCCACUUUGUAAGGAUGUUCCAGAUAAUAACGGGGCGACUUUGGUAGUGUCGGGUUGUAUUGUUGGUGUCAUGUUGUUUUUCACUCGUUUAGCCGUUAAAUACUCAAUUUAGCCCAAAUUGUCUCAUUUUGAAUAUAGUUUUUUUGGCAUUUGUCAUCUAAAUACCUAACUGGUUUUCAGAGGUUGGCAAAAUACAUAUUUUGUGAAAAUA